CAUGAGAAGCACAAGGAAAAGAAAGACCCAGAGCAAGCCCACAGGCACAAGAUAGAAGAGGAGAUUGCUGCAGCAGCUGCAGUUGGGUCUGGUGGGUAUGCCUUCCAUGAGCAUCAUGAGAAGAAAGAUGCCCACAGGCACAAGAUAGAAGAGGAGAUUGCUGCAGCAGCUGCAGUUGGGUCUGGUGGGUUUGCCUUCCAUGAGCAUCAUGAGAAGAAAGAGACAAAGGAAGAAGAGAAUGACUCUCAUGGAAAAGAGAAAGACUCUCAUGGAAAGAAGCACCACCAUCUCUUCUAAAUCUACAAAUAAAUACUAUAUUUUAUA